AUGAAAGGUGAAAAAAUCAAAAAACAUUUACACACAGAGUCAAUCGUAGAUUUUCAUGGAAUCGAAUUAGUCCGCCGCCCACCGACCAAUCUGAUUGGACCGAUUACAAUGGCCAAUGGAAGAGCAGUACCGGGUUACUACGCUCCUCGUUAUCCAAACCAACGGACAUGGUCCAAAUCGACUGUCAUGAACGGCCGGAAUCCGAAUUUUCUCUACGGUUUGCCCGAACGCACAUUUGCUCAUUAUGAGAUGUGUGACGAGAAUCAGAAAUGCUAUUUGGCCAGUCUGCCGGAAACUACCGAGUAUCAGGAUCGGUAUCUGGGGCAUCUGCCCACCGAGAAGAGAAAGUGGCCUCUCCGAGAAUGUCGUCAGUGA